CUAUAAAUGCACCCCUUCUAUGAACAAUACUCUCAUACACUCUUUCAUUCCUAGCUAUCUUAAUAUCCUUCGUUAUACCACAAAAUCAAGUCUUAUUACGGUCGAAGCAUUUCUCCUUUUUUUAAGUUGAAGACUAGAGAAUAUUCUCGUGCAUUCUUCUUUCCUCGGCCCAUUCUGUACCCACAUAAUAUACAUAUAUAUAUCUUUUAUAUACGCUCAAAUCAGAUCUUAUCUCAAUUGAAGCAUUUUUUACUUUUUUAGGAGAAAACUAGAGUCUAUUUUCGUUCCCUCCUUCCUUCCUCACCCUGUACCCAUAUAAUAUACAUAUAUAUCCUUCAUAUACACCCAAAUCAGAUCUUAUUUUAGUUUAAGUAUUUCUCGAGAAAACUGUAGUCUAUCUCGUUGCCUUCUCCCUUCCUCAGGCUACUCUAUACCCACAUAAUAUACAUAUAUAUUUUUCAUAUAAGCACAAAUUAGAUCUUGUGUAAGUUAAAGCAUUUUUCACUUUUUUAGGAGAAAAUUAUAGUCUAUUCUCAUUGCCUCCUCCCUCCCUCUUCAUACCCUAUACCUACUAAUAUACAUAUAUAUCCUUCAAAUAUGCACAAAUUAGAUCUUGUCUCAUUUGAAAUUUUUCUCCUUUUUUAAGGAUAAAAUUGUAGUUUAUUCCUCGUUGCCUCCUUCUUUCCUCGGCCUACCCUGUACCCCAGUUUAAAUAUCUUCCUAUUCAUAAAAUUCUAUUUUUGUUUUGUACUUUCUUUCAUGGCAAAAAUAAUGGUGGUAAUGAUGUUAAUGGUAAUGAUAAUGGUGGAACCACCAGAAAGUGUAAAAGCAGUAGGUGAUGAAGAUUUGAUCUCAAUGGAAUGCUUGAAUGUGCCUGCAUCUGUAUUUGUUGAUACUUUGAAGAAUAGCAUGGAUGGAGUUGUCAAGGUUGCCUCAAUUCUUGCUGAGUUUUCUGGUGUUUUUGGUGAUUUUAGAGUUUCUAAUGCAAUUUCUGAUUGCCUUGAUUUGCUUCAAUUGUCUUCUGAUGAGUUGGGUUGGACUCUAUAUGCUUCACAAUAUGGUAAAGGGAAACGUAAUGGAACCGGUGACUUAGCUUCAGAUUUGAAGACAUGGUUAAGUGCUUCCUUGAUUAAUCAAGAGACUUGUCUUGAUGGAUUUGAUGGCACAAGUAGCAUAGUCAAAGGCCUAGUCUCGGGGAGCAUCAAUCAAGUCUCUUCAUUAGUGCAACAAGUCCUCCACAUGGUCCACCAAGCCCCUCGCCGUCCUACACCUAGUCGCACCAAGGGAGCUCCACCAGGUAGUGGUGGUAGGCGAUUGAUGGCUAAUGAUAAUGAUGCAAGUGUGUUUCCUUCAUGGAUUAGAUCAGCAGAUCGAAAGUUAUUACAAUCAAUAAAAGGUCCAAGACCUAAUGUUACAGUGGCAUUAGAUGGAAGCGGAAAUUUUACUAAGAUUAUGGAUGCUAUUGCCGUUGCCCCUAGUCAUAGUACAAAUCGAUUUGUGAUUUACGUGAAGAAAGGGGUAUAUGAUGAAAUUGUUGAGAUAAAGAGAAAGAAGACUUAUAUUAUGAUUUAUGGUGAUGGGAUGGAUGUUACGGUUAUAACAGGUAAUCGAAGUGUUGUUGAUGGAUAUACUACCUAUCGUAGCGCCACGUUUGCUGUAACGGGAGCACGAUUCAUAGCACGGGACAUAACAUUUCAAAACACAGCAGGACCAGAAAAGCACCAAGCAGUGGCUUUCCGAUCCGAUUCAGACUUAUCAGCCCUUUAUCGAUGUGCAUUUCGAGGAUAUCAAGACACACUCUACGCACAUGCAAACAGGCAAUUCUUUCGCGAAUGCACCAUCACAGGUACAGUUGACUUCAUAUUUGGUGAUGCAGUGGCUAUUUUCCAAAAUUGUCUAAUCCAAUCUAGAAAAGGCCUCUCAAACCAAAAAAACACCAUCACAGCUCAAGGUCGUAAGGAUCCUGGUGAAAACACCGGAUUCUCGCUCCAAUUUUGCAACAUUACUGGCGAUUCUAGCCUUAAUACCGCGAUAACUAACACCACCACCUCUAACACAACCACUACAUACACAUAUUUGGGACGUCCUUGGAAGGCAUACUCUAGGACAAUCAUUAUGCAAUCUUAUAUAAGUGGUGUGAUAAGGCCAGCAGGAUGGUUAGAGUGGAAUGGUGAUUUGUAUUUGGACACACUUUUUUAUGCAGAGUACAUGAACUAUGGGCCCGGAGCUUCACUUUCAGCCCGGGUUAAGUGGGCUGGAUAUAAUAUUUUUAAUAGUUCGGCCCAAGCUCUUAAUUAUACCGUGGCCCAAUUCAUUAAAGGAGAUAUGUGGUUGCCAACUACUGGUGUCCGUUUUGCAAGUGGACUCUCUGCACUCUAAUAGAGUUAUAUUUAUAUAUAAAAAUAUUUCUUUCUUUCUUUCUAUUUUUAGAGUUGGGGAGAAGAAAGAAAUUUUAUAUCAUAACAAGCCGUCUUAUAUAAAAUCAUUUCACAGUGAGACGAUUUUAAAAUAAGAAGCUUAAAAGCUAAAAGUUUUUAUUUUUAAGCUAUUUAAUUGAAGUAUAAGACAUGUCUUAUAGUGAGAGCAUCUUAUAUAAAAAUGUAUGAUAUUAUAAACCAUAAAAAAAGGCUUCUGUGAAAGUCAAUGUAUUGAAUACUUUCCUUUUGUUCUUGUGUUGAAAUGUCCAAGUCAAAAAAAAAUUAUGUUACAAAUUCAAGAAAAAAAAUUAUGUUACAAAUUCAAGAAAAAAAAUUAUGUUACAAAUUCAAGUAAGAGUACUUAAAGAGCGAUAGAAAUGAUUUUUUCUGG